GGCGGCCGGUCCCGCUGGUCCAUGGUGUGGUCCGCGAGUGGGGUUAUCAUUCGUAAAUUACAGGUGAUCUGCCUGGAAUAAGCGCUUAGUUUUAAACAGGGGUGUUGUUGUCGCUCGUGUCUGUGAAGCGGUGGUGGUCUUGCACUCACUUGGAUUAAGUAUUGGCCUGGAAGCGUGUGGUGUCUAUCGAGGCGCCCGGCGAAGGUGGCAGGUUGUAGUUACGCGGGUACUACUCUGAACCCACAAGAUGAUGCGACUGUUAGGCCUUUACGGGGUUAUUCCCAAAGGUGCAAGGACCUUCUCGACAUCAAGGAGCUGUGAGAAGCUUCGUGUGGCCAUUAUCGGCCAGAGCACGUUCGCCGGCGAGGUGUACAAGCUGCUGCGGAAGGAUGGCCACACGGUGGUGGGCGUGUUCACCGUGCCCGACCAGGGCUCCCGGGAGGACCCGGUCGCGACCACGGCCGCCGCCGACGGCGUCCCUGUGUUCAAGUUCAAGUCGUGGCGGAAGAAGGGCGUGGCGCUACCCGAGGUGCUGGAGAAGUACAACUCGGUGAACGCCGAGCUGAACGUGCUGCCCUUCUGCAGCCAGUUCAUCCCGAUGGAGGUGAUCAACGCGCCGCGCCACCAGAGCAUCUGCUACCACCCGUCGCUGCUCCCGCGCCAUCGCGGCGCCAGCUCCAUCAACUGGACUCUGAUGUGCGGCGACAAGAAGGCCGGCUUCUCGAUCUUCUGGGCGGAUGACGGCCUCGACACGGGCCCCAUCCUGUCGCAGAAGGCCUGCGACGUCGACCCGGACGACACCGUCGACACGCUCUACAACAAGUUCAUGUACCCCGAGGGUAUCAAGGCCAUGGCGGACGCGGUGAACCGCGUGUCGGCGGGCCACGGCGCCGCGGCGAGACGCAGCCAGAGGAGGGGCGCCACCUAUGAUCCAUUCCCAACAAGAAGGAGCUGGUGCGGCUGGAGCUGGAACGUGUCCCCCGCCGAGGAGAUCCACAACUUUAUCCGCGGCCUGACCAGCUCGCCAGGUGCGUGGAUCGUGAUGGAUGGGCAGGAGACCAAGCUGUACGGAUCGAAGCGGUUCUCGGGCGCGCGGCCCGACGGCACCGAGGUGGCCAUCGAGGGCUGCGACCGCCCGGGCGUCAUCUGCUCCCAUGGGCUGAUCCUCACCGGAUCCGACGGAAAGAUGGUGUCGGUGGCGCGGCUCUCUGUGGCAGGCAAGAUGGUGCAGGCGGCCCGGUACGGCCAGGCGGAGGAGGCGCGUGAGCGGUUGGAGCUGACCGCCGAGGAGCAGGCCCUCUCGGACGCGCUCCGGCGCACCUGGGCCGACAUCCUGAAGAUCGAGGUGGCUGACGAGACCGACUUCUUCGCCGCCGGCGCCGGCAGCAUGGACGUUGUCAGGCUGCUGGAAGAUGUGAAGCAGAGGAGUGGGAUUGAGCUGCAGAACGAGGACGUGUUCAUGGCCUCCAAGUUCGACGACUUUGUCCAGACGGUGGUCUUCGUGUCUCGCGGCGGCAGCCUUAAACCAGAGUUCACUUACGACGCCAUCAAGAUGCACGUCAACAACAUGGAUAUUUCCUUCCCCCAUCAGGUGUUCAUCAAUAACGAGUUCUCCGAGAGCACCACCGGCCGUCAGAUCACGUCCAUCAACCCGGCCGACGAGAAGCCCAUCUGCGACGUGGCGCGGUCGUCUCCGGCGGACGUGGACCGCGCUGUGAAGGCGGCGCACGUGGCGUUCACCGAAGGCGAAUGGGGCAAGAUGAACGCUCGCGACCGGGGCGCGCUCAUGUACAAACUGGCCGACCUCAUGGACCAGCACAAGGAGGAGCUGGCCACCAUCGAGACGAUCGACUCGGGCGCCGUCUACACGCUGGCGCUUAAGACGCACGUGGGCAUGUCGAUCGACACGUGGCGCUACUUCGCCGGCUGGUGCGACAAGAUCCAGGGCAAGACCAUCCCCAUCAACAACGCCCGGCCCAACCACAACCUCACCAUCACCAAGCGCGAGCCGAUCGGCGUGUGCGGUCUGGUGACGCCGUGGAACUACCCACUGAUGAUGCUGUCCUGGAAGAUGGCCGCCUGCCUGGCGGCCGGCAACACGGUGGUGAUCAAGCCGGCCCAGGUGUCGCCACUGACGGCGCUCAAGUUCGCCGAGCUGGCCGUCCACGCCGGCUUUCCGCCCGGCGUCAUCAACGUUGUGCCCGGCUCAGGCGGCGAGUGCGGCCAGGCGAUCGCCGACCACCCGCUGGUGCGCAAACUGGGCUUCACCGGCUCCACCGAGAUUGGCAAGGUCAUCAUGAAGUCGUGCGCCGAGUCCAACCUGAAGAAGGCCUCGCUCGAACUGGGUGGCAAGUCGCCGCUGGUCAUCUUCGCCGACGCCGACCUGGACAAGGCCGUCCGCAUGGGCAUGAGCAGUGUGUUCUUCAACAAGGGCGAGAACUGCAUCGCCGCGGGCCGCCUGUUCGUCGAGGAGUCCAUCUACGACGAGUACCUGCGCCGCAUUAUCGAGGAGAUCGGGAAAAUGACAAUCGGCGACCCGCUGGACCGGUCCACGCAGCACGGGCCGCAGAACCAUCGCGCCCACCUCGACAAGCUGCUGGAGUACGUGCAGACGGGCGUGGCCGAGGGUGCCCGGCUGGUGGUCGGAGGUAAGCAGGUGGACCGGCCCGGCCUUUACAUGGAGCCCACCGUCCUGGCCGACGUCGAGGACCACAUGUUCGUGGCUAAGGAGGAGUCCUUCGGCCCCAUCAUGGUCCUCUCCAAGUUCGCUGAGGGCGACGUGGAGGGUGUGGUGCGUCGGGCUAAUGAUACCGAGUACGGCCUGGCGUCCGGUGUCUUCACGCGGGACAUCAACAAGGCGCUGUACGUGUCGGACCGGCUGGACGCCGGCACCUGCUUCGUCAACACCUACAACAAGACGGACGUGGCCGCCCCCUUCGGCGGCUUCAAGCAGUCCGGCUUCGGCAAGGACCUCGGCGAGGAGGCUCUCCAGGAAUAUCUCAAGACCAAGACCAUCACGUUCGAGUACUAAUCGCCCGCCCAUGGGGCGGCGCUGCCACCGCAGCCGGGGCUGGGUGGGAUCCCUCCCCUCCCCCGGACUGCUUAGGUCACAACGAGACGUCUCCCUGGUGUCUGUUGCUGUGUUGGGGAGCUGCGCCCGGCUCCCGGGGCGUUACGGGAAAGAUUGAGGGUGUAUCGAGGCGAGGGGAGGGCGGACGCGGCACCUCCAUGGGUGCUCAGCGACGAGCGGUGUCCAGGCCGUGGAGUACGGGUCGCAAGUGCUUCCAACGGUCCAGUCGGCUACUGGGCUGUUUUGAAACAAUCGCCGCUCCGAUGUCCGUGGCGGUCGGAGCACCGAUGUACGUAACGAGUGGCCCUUGUAUCCACUGAACACAAAUGUCAAUCGUCUGAAUCAUCAAGGAUCAUGCUGUGGUGCUAGUUGGCCGGGAAUAACGCACGUUGUUACUGUCGGCCGAAUGGUGACAUCUAGACACGGGACUUUGUACCCGCAUUGCCGCCGAGCCUUACUGUACUCUGAACCGAGUAAUUGUGUGGACGGUGCUACUGCGGACCGUUUGUCGAGUGCAGCGGGUCCUGCGCUGCGCCCCCGGGUCUGCCCCGCCGAGUCGAGCCGAGCCGCGCCGCGCCACUCGGGCGGGGGAGGGCGACGGCCGGCCGGUCUGUGGGGUAGACCCGUGGCGUCUCCCGGCCCUCCGGUGCGCUCCCACCGCCAGUCGCUGCGGCGAUACGGCGCUAGUGCGUCACUGCCGAUCGCGAACAUGAUCUUUUGGAACGUAACACUUUCGGUUUGUGUUAUGCUUCUCAUGCGAUUUUACUAGAGUCUCAGUUCUGGGCUGUGACGGGCGUUGAACUGCCGGCGCAGGGUGUUUUAAUGCGUUUAUAGGUAUGCUUACAAAGCGUGGCGUUUUGUUGGUGUUGCUGGCUUGGUUUCUGGGAGUUGCAACAAGGACGAUGGUUUAUGCGAGCAGACUAACUUUGGCGGAGCUUUUACUGCUGUGUAUCUGCCCUUAGUCUGCAUGCAGUGAUUUGUUUCUGUAGAUGCCGUCUAACCACGGCUAUUAUUUUCCGGGCUGGUGUAUAUAAUCUCUUUGGGAGCCGCCACACCUUUACUAGGUACCGGUGGUGUCAUGCGCGUCUCGUACUGAUCUGUACAGGGGGGCGGAGACCGGCUGGCUGUCUUCUGACGUCUGGUCGCGGGACGGGGUGUGGGCCGCGGACGGGGUUUGGUGACUGGUGUCUGGGUGCGGUGCUGGUCACGCCUCACCUAGCGGUCGGCGGCGGUCGCCCGGCGGCUUCCCUGCCCGUGAGCGUGUGUGUACUGCCCGGGCCGGGGAGUCCGCUCGAGGUGGUGUCGGGGCUGGCUGGCGUCUGGGGUUCGGCCGCAGCUGCCGGACUGCCCGACAAUGUCCUCUGUAGAGGUGGCAGCUGUCGGCCCGCUUGGUACCCGAGCGUCCUCUAUGGAGGUGGCAGCUGCUAUUCCGCCGGGUCCCUGACGCGCUGGUGGUCGGUGGGGCCUGCCGCCGCUCGGGUUACACUGGAAGCGGGCGGUGGCGGGCCGGGAAGCAAACACCAAGCCCUAUCUUGUGCCAUGCCGCGUGCCGACCGGACGCGGGCCAGUGACGGUUGGGCACGGGUGGCGGUCCCAGUGACGGCUAGGCACGGGUGGCGGUCCCAGUGACGGUUGGGCACGGGUGGCGGUCCCAGUGACGGCUAGGCACGGAUGGCGGUCCCAGUGACGGUUGGGCACGGGUGGCGGUCCCAGUGACGGUUAGGCACAGGUGGCGGUCUCAGUGAUGGUUGGGCACAGGUGGCAGUCCCGGACGGACUCGCAGCUCAUAUGUGACUCGCUCAACGUCGACUAACAGUGGGAUCAGCGAGACCCGUGCUCCCCGUGUUGCACUCUGCGCUGAAACACGUCAUCUGCGAUGCGACGGGUCCGUGGUGUAGGCCGUCAAACCUGUGCAGCCAAACUCUCGUGGACCGUUUGCAAUAUAAGCCUGUGUGGAGUAAGA